GAGCAGCGCGGCUGAAAGCAGCUGCAGCCCUUUGCCCAGGGGCCCAAGCUGGCGCGCUGUCCUCCUGAGGCCUGGUGCCCGCGAGCCUGAGAGCCGCCAACCGCCUUCAACCUUGGCCGUGCUUCCUGCGCUCUGGCGCAGCCAUGUUCCUUCUCCUUGCCCUGCUCGCUGAGCUUGGAAGGCUGCAUGCCCGCCUGGAUUCUGAAGGGGUAUUCCUGCAGGUCACAGUUCCACGGAAGAUAAAGUCAAACGAGAGUGAAGGUUUAGAGAAGCAGAUGAUUUAUAUCAUUACAAUUGAUGAAAAACCGUGUACUCUGCAUCUCAGAAAACACUCAUUCUUAUCCCAGAACUUUUUGGUUUAUGCAUACAGUGAAAAUGGAUCUUUGCAUGCUGAGUCUUCGUAUUUUAAGACGCAUUGCCAUUACCAGGGAUACAUUGCAGAUUUUCCAAAUUCAGUUGCGACACUCAGCAUCUGUUCUGGACUCAGGGGGUUCCUUCAGUUUGAAAAUAUCAGCUAUGGAAUUGAGCCGUUGGAAUCUUCAGCAGGAUUUGAGCACAUAAUUUAUCAAGUGAAAAAUAACAAUCCAGACAUACCAACGUUAUCAGAAAAUUACAGUGAUAUUUGGCAGAAAGACAAGCCCUAUAAGGUUCAUUUAAGCUCACAGAAGAAAACUCUUUCAAAACUAUUACCCCAAUAUCUAGAAAUGCACAUUAUAGUGGAAAAAGCUUUGUAUGAUUAUAUGGGAUCAGAAAUGAUGGCUGUAACACAGAAAAUUAUCCAGAUUAUUGGCCUUGUUAACACUAUGUUUACUCAGUUCAAAUUGACUGUGAUACUGUCCUCCUUGGAACUGUGGUCAGAAAAAAACCAAAUUUCAGCCAAUGGGGAUGCUGAUGAUUUAUUACAAAGAUUUUUGGCAUGGAAACAGGACUAUCUUAUCCUACGGCCUCAUGACAUAGCAUUCUUACUUGUUUACAGGAAACAGCCUAAAUAUUUGGGAGCAACAAUUCCUGGCACAAUAUGCAAUAAAAGCUAUGAUGCAGAUAUUGUUAUGUAUCCAGAUGCAAUAACUUUGGAGGGUUUUUCAGUUAUUAUAGCUCAACUACUUGGCCUUAAAAUAGGAUUAACAUACAAUGACAACAAUAAGUGUUCUUGUCUAAGAGCUACAUGCAUCAUGAAUCGUGAAGCAGUGGGUUCCAGUGGUAUAAAGAUUUUUAGCAACUGUAGCAUGCAUGACUAUAGAUAUUUUGUUUCAAAAUCUGAGGCUAAAUGUCUUCAUAACUUUUCAAAUUUGCAACCAUUAUACCAAAAUCAAUCAGUGUGUGGUAAUGGGAUUUUGGAACCUAAUGAAGAAUGUGACUGUGGCAGCGAAGAGGAAUGUCAAUUUAAGAAGUGCUGUGAUUAUAGCACAUGUAAACUGAAAGGGUCAGUAAAAUGUGGCUCUGGACCAUGCUGUACAUCAAAAUGCGAGAUAUCAGUAGCCGGCACUCCAUGUAGAAAGAGUAUUGAUCAAGAGUGUGAUUUUACAGAGUAUUGCAAUGGAACUUCUAGUAAUUGUGUUCCUGAUACUUAUGCAUUGAAUGGCCAGUUGUGCAGGUUUGGAACUGCAUAUUGUUAUAAUGGACAAUGCCAGACUACUGAUAACCAGUGUGCCCAGAUAUUUGGAAAAGGUGCUCAAGGUGCUCCAUUUGCCUGUUUUGAAGAAGUUAAUUCUCUGCGUGAUAGAUUUGGAAACAGUGGUUUUAAAAAUUCACAACCAUUACCUUGUGAACAGAAGGAUGUUCUCUGUGGAAAAUUAGCUUGUGUUUGGCCAGAUAAGAAUACAUAUAAAAGUGCUGUUCAGUCUGCAGUUUAUUCAUAUAUACCAGGGCAUGUAUGCAUAUCCGUAGCUACUGGGUCUUCAGUGAGAUCAGAUGGAAGAGAUUAUGUCUAUGUGGCUGAUGGCACUGUGUGUGGUGCACAAAUGUAUUGUGUAAAUAAAACCUGCAAAGGAGUUCAUUUAAUGGGAUAUAACUGCAAUGCCACUACAAAAUGCAAAGGGAAUGGGAUAUGUAAUAAUUUGGGUAAUUGUCAUUGCUUUCCUGGUUAUAAGCCUCCAGAUUGUGAAUUUCAGAUUGAUUCACCAGGGGGAAGUAUUGAUGAUGGAAAUGUUCAGAAAUCUGAUAUAGUUUUUAUUAAAAAAGGCUAUGAUACACAUCGGAACAACUGGCUUAUUCUGAGUUUCUACAUUGUUCUGCCCUUUUUCACAAUUUUCACCAUUAUGAUCAUGAAACGAAAUGAAAUGAGGAAAUCACACAACAGAGAAAAUGCAGAAUAUGAGGGUUCCCUGAAGCACGAUGCUUAAGAAGGGAAAGGAGGCCACUGAGUCCUUUUUUGUCUCCAGAAAAACAAGAUCAUUUGAGCAAGAAAAAUAGCAGACUGGUUAUUUACUAGGACCCACAAACUAUAUAAAUAAUUCCUCAUUAGAGAAAUACAGAAUUUUACAGCCAAAUCAAAACAGGAUCCUUUGAAGUCAAAAGGAGUUAAGUUUAAGUAAAGGCUGUGAGCAUGCUAGUCAAUUUCACUGAUGAACAGUAUUAGAAAAUACAUUUAGAGAGUUUAUCCAGUCACUGUGUAAUUACGUUUAGUUAAUGUGAGAAUAAUUGUUGGGUAAGGAAACCUGGUUAACAAAAGAGAAAAAUAAAACAUU